GCAAACUGGAUGAAGUAUACAAAGCUUUGGCCAGUGCUCAUCCCAACAUGACUGUGUAUAAAAAGGAGCAGAUUCCAGACAGAUUGCGUUACAAACACAACAGUAGAAUUCAGCCCAUCUUAGCAGUGGCUGAUAAAGGAUGGGAAAUUGUGUAUAAGAAGUCUGAUGGUUUUCUACUUGGUAAUCAUGGAUAUGACAACACCUUACCAGAAAUGCAUCCAAUUUUUUUGGCAUUUGGGCCUGCUUUCAGAAAGAAUGCCACCAAAGAAGUCAUGAAUGCUACGGACUUGUACCCCUUACUGUGCCAUCUACUUGGUGUUAACCCGCUGCCAAACAAUGGUUCGUUCCACGCUGUGAAAGACAUGCUGGCUGAAGAAGGUCCUGUAGCCUUUGGAGGAGACACCUAUGCUACUGUCGCAGGAGUCUUUCUGGGCAGCUCUCUCGUAAUGGUUUUUAUUGGAGUUUUUGUUAAGCAUUUUAUCCUCACCCAAGCAAAUGCCGUGCAAAUGCAGCGUACUGAAGCUGCCCAGCCACUGCUGCAAGGUUACUAA